AUGUGGUCCACCGCCCUGCUCGUGGUGCUAAGCACCAUCAUCCUCCCUGCCUUGACCGCCAUGGUCAAGGAGGGCUCAACAUGCAUUGUGACUCCUAUCUCCGAAACCCCGGCCGCCGUCGCCGUCCGCAGCCUCGGCACCGUAUCCCCGGAGGAGCGUGAUUGGGAUAACGAAGUUCACUACCCGCGCGCUGAACCGGGCUCACACCGCCACCCUCAAGGCAGCAGCAGCAGCAGCGAGCUCCACGCCGCCGCGCCCAUCACGCCACGGCAGAACAAGCCCGACGACACCCCCCAGAUCAUGUCGGCCUUCACGCAAUGCGGCAAGGACGGCACGAUCAUCCUGCGCGAGGGCACGUACCACAUCCGGCAGGUGAUGGACACGUCGGACCUGCGCAACGUGUCGGUCGAGAUCCACGGCACGCUGAUCUGGAGCGACGACAAUAUCUCCUACUGGCGCCAGGCCAGUUUUGGUGUUACCUACGCCGGCCGCCAGACGGCGUGGCGUGUGGGGGGAAGGGAUAUCGCGAUUAGGGGGUUUGGGAAGGCGUUGUUUGAUGGGAAUGGCCAGACGUGGAUUGAUCUGGCGAAUGGGGCGAGUAAUUAUAAUGGGAGGCCGAUUUCGUUGACGGUGUGGUAUGGGACGAAUGUGUUGAUUGAUGGGAUUACUUGGCGGAUGUCGCAGUUCUGGCAUACCUUUGUUGCGCAUUCGCAGAACGUGACCAUGACGAACCUCGACAUGGAAACUUACUCGAAGAACGGCCGGAGUUCUCAAAAUACCGACGGGACGAAUACUUGGAACUCGAAAGAUGUGUUCAUCGAGAACUGGACGGUCAAGUGUGGCGAUGACUGUAUCGGCGUCAAGGGCAACAGCACCAACAUCCAUGUCCGUAAUGUGACCUGCCACGAGUCCGGCGUCAUGACCAUCGGCAGCGUCGGCUCAAACGCCAACCAGCCCGACUAUGUUGAGAACGUCCUCUUCGAGGACAUCAAGGCUACCCACUCAAGCAACGUCGGCUGGAUCAAGACGUAUCCCGGCACUGGCUACGUCCGCAACAUCACCUUCCGCAACAUGCAAUUCGAGGACGUCAACCAGCCCAUCUACGUGACCUCGUGUAUCUGUCCGUCAUCCUCCUACCGCCCCCCCCCCGAGUUCGGUGACUAA